CUAUCAAGCAGCGCAAAAAGUCAUCUUCGUCGGCGGCGACAUCGUGUGUUGCCGAGGAUCUUUGCUGUGAAGUGGGUGGCGUAGAGGCUUCUUUCCGGCUGCUAAGGGAUCGCCUGUUGGAGAAUUUACUGGGAAAGAGAGCUGCGCGUGCGGGAGAGAAAUACGGUAGCGGUACUGUGCCAUUCGUGGGCUGCGUAGCGAGGCGGCUUCGAGAAGCCUGGCGGCAGUUGGCUGUUUAGCGGUGGAAGAGAGUCAAGCAAGCUAAUCUCAUCUCAUUAUGGAAAACGUCACAAUGAAAAGAGCAGAGGAUUCCAUAGCUGGCAAUAAAAGAGCCCUCGAAGCUCUGAGGAAGCUCAUCAUCUACCCUUUCCUAUAUGGCCACAUUUCUCAGAAACUCGGCCUUAAGUGGCCCAGAGGACUGCUUCUAUAUGGCCCCCCUGGCACAGGAAAGACAAGCUUAGUGGAAGCUGUGGUUUUAGAGAGUGGCGCACAUUUGACUGCAAUAAGUACAUCUUCUAUGCAUAGAGCACAUGUUGGUGAAAGUGAGAAGUUUUUACGAGAAUCUUUUGCUGAAGCAUAUUCUUAUGGAUCAUCAGGGAAGCCAUCUGUUAUCUUCAUAGAUGAAAUUGAUGCUAUUUGUCCACGCCGUGACAAUCGGAAGGAACAUGAAUCUCGGAUAGUUGGCCAACUUCUAACAUUGAUGGAUGGAAGCAAAAUUUCAUCAAAAUCCCUUCCACAUGUUGUUGUGGUAGCAUCCACUAACAGGGUUGAUGCGAUUGAUCCUGCUUUGCGAAGACCAGGGCGCUUUGAUACUGAAAUUGAAGUCAGCGUUCCAACUCCUGAUGAACGGCGAAUGAUUCUUGAGCUCUAUUCAAGGAAUCUAAAAAUAGAUCAGAAGGUUGACCUACAAGUAAUUGCUCAAUCCUGCAAUGGAUACGUUGGUGCAGAUUUGGAGGCAUUAUGCCGUGAAGCUGCUAGGCUGGCAUACCGCAGGGCAUCAAAUCGGGCUAUAACUGGCGAGGUAGUUUCACUAAAAAUGGAAGAUUGGGAGGAUGCAAAAUCUGAAGUGGGUCCGAGUAUCACAAGAGGUGUUACAAAAGAAUAUUCUAAGGUUUCAUGGGAUGAAAUUGGAGGGCUAAAAGAUUUGAAGAAAAAGCUUCAACAGGCUGUUGAAUGGCCUAUCAAGCAUCCCCAUGCAUUUGCACGGUUGGGGAUAUCUCCAUUACGUGGUGUUCUUUUACAUGGACCUCCUGGGUGCUCCAAGACUUCCCUUGCUAAGGCGGCAGCUAACGCUGCUCAAGCUUCCUUCUUUUCUUUGAGUGGGGCUGAGUUAUAUUCCAAGUAUGUUGGUGAAGGUGAAGCAUUAUUACGCAGGACAUUUCUGAAAGCUCGUUUAGCCGCACCAAGUAUUUUGUUCUUUGAUGAAGCUGAUGCUAUUGCUCCUAAACGUGGAAGUCAUGAUGGGAAUUCAAGUGGUAACGUCACGAUUGGUGAAAGACUUCUUUCAACUCUGUUGACAGAAAUGGACGGUCUGGAAUUGGCUACGGGAAUUAUUGUAUUGGCUGCAACAAAUCGGCCCCAUGCAAUUGAUGCUGCCCUUUUGCGUCCUGGUCGCUUUGACUUGGUAUUAUAUGUACCGCCGCCAGACAUAGAUGGCCGCUGCGAAAUUCUGCGCAUCCAUACACGGCGGAUGAAUCUCGGAGCAGACGUAGACCUUACACAGAUAGCAGAUAAGACUGAUCUCUUCACCGGAGCAGAUCUUCAAGGACUUUGCAGGGAAGCAGGCAUGGCUGCUCUUAGGGAAGAUAUCACUGCUGAUACUGUUCAUGAUCGCCAUUUCCAGACCGCUUUGGACUCUCUGAGGCCCUCAUUAACAAGAUCAAUGAUCGAGGAGUACUCUCAACUAAAAUUGCACGACAGAGCUUAAGGUUCGAUUGCAAUUGAUAAUAUAUAAUUUAACUUUAUGAAGGGCAGUGGUAGAUGAUGGGAAGUGUGUUUAUUUCUUAAACCAAAAUCUACAUUCAGUAAAUGUAUGCAUCAACUCGAGUAAUUUAUGCAUUUUUUACUAGGGGCAAUUACAUACAGACCCCCCGCAACUUGCUAUUUAGAAAUCAACCAUCCUCUUACAUCCAUUUCUUAAAUUCUCACUCAAGUAUCAAAAUUCAUGGUAAAACCCAACCCAUAUUUUUCAUUAUAAUCAAAUUCUCAAUAGUUCGAUCGCAACACACGAAAUGCAUCGAUUCCGCAAUUCAAAAAAAUUAUCUGGCUGAUUA